UUAGUGUGUACAGCGCAACUGAGAAGGAAAACUGGAGGCAUCCAGUUUCCUCAGGAAGACUGGGGGAAAAUAUCUGGGUUUCUCCCUGAAUCUUACAGGGGGCCCAGUGCACUGGAGGGUUCAACUCCAGACACGCAGGACAUGAGCUUCUCCAGGAGAAAGGGCUUCUACAGGCAGGAAGUAAACAAGACAGUCUGGGAGCUGCCUAAGAGAUAUGUUUCCAUCACCCCAGUAGGAUCUGGGGCUUACGGCUGUGUCUGCUCAGCAAUAGAUAAGAAAACAGGAGAGAAAGUGGCUAUCAAGAAGCUCUGCCGCCCAUUCCAGUCUGAAAUCUUUGCCAAGCGGGCAUAUCGGGAACUCACACUGCUGAAGCACAUGCAGCAUGAGAACGUCAUUGGGUUGCUUGAUGUCUUCACCUCAGCUACUUCCUUUGAUGCAUUCCAGGACUUGUAA